AGCCGUCUUCCCUCCUCCGAUUUGGCAAUGCCUCAUUUGCGAUACGGAUCACGACUUCAGUACCCAGGAACCGAGACUCCUCGACACAAGACGUCGUGUAUGACCCGCGAAGCUUGAAAUGCAGUUCUAUUUCGCCGGCAAUCCUUCGACAGCCAUACGAUGGCGACGGAAGGCGGCCCAUCCGCCUGGAGCACGCAACCUUCGCCAGUACACCGCGUCCCGGAUAUCAUCAGUUCUUCGUGGACACUGAACUCCCUUCCCAACGCACGAUGACAGUCCGAGCCUCCGCUUUCUUCCUGCUCCUCUUGUGGCUGGACCUCAUCGCCGGACAGACCUCGACCCUGCAGCAGGUCACUGAUUUUGGAGACAACCCGACGAACGCUGGCAUGUACGUCUACCGUCCAACGAAUGUAGCGUCAUCUCCAGCCCUUAUCGUCGCGGUCCACUACUGUGGGGGCACGGCACAGGCGUACUACACUGGCUCUCCGUACGCGCAGUUUGCGGACCAGUACGGCUUCAUCGUGAUCUAUCCGAACUCGCCGAACUCGGGCAGCUGCUGGGACGUCAGCUCGAAGCAGUCGCUCACGCGUGAUGGAGGCGGCGAUAGCACCGCCAUAGCCAACAUGGUCGCGUACGCGAAGACCCAGUACGGCGUGGAUCCAGACAGAAUUUAUGUGACCGGGACGUCCUCUGGAGGCAUGAUGACCAACGUCCUUGCCGCCACCUAUCCCGACGUCUUCCAAGCAGGGAUCGUGUACUCUGGCGUGGGCGCAGGUUGCUUCGUGUCCGCGUCCGGCGGCGUUGACGCCUGGAACUCGACUUGCUCUACAGGCCAGUCCACCGCCUCCGCCGCUCAGUGGGCUGCUGUCGUCCACGACAUGUACCCUGGCUACACCGGUGCCUACCCGCGCAUGCAGGAGUACCAUGGUACCGACGAUACCCUGCUCGACUACAAAAACCUCGCCGAGGAGGUCAAGCAGUGGGCGGGCGUCCACGGAUACGAUGCGUCCGCGCCGACGCAGGUUCUACAGAACACGCCGGUGUCGGGGUACACGAAGUCGAUCUACGGGCCGAAUCUGGAGGGAAUCUCGGCGGCGGGGGUCGGGCAUGUAGUCCCUAUCCAGGGUACGGAGGAUCUGAAGUGGUUUGGCAUCGUUGGGGGUGCGGGUACUACGUCGACCUCCGGCCCUACGACGACUGCUCCUGGGUCGACGACGACGGCGCCGGCCUCGACCACAUCAUCGGCUGCUGGCGCAACCCAGACACGCUGGGGCCAGUGCGGAGGUACUGGCUACAACGGUCCUACCACUUGCGCUUCUGAAUUGACUUGUGUUGCUGUCUCGCCGCCGUACUAUUAUCAGUGUCAGUAAGGGUUUCAAGGUCUUCUAGGGGUUUGGGAGAACGGUUGAACGGGUUGCGCUAAGUGGUUGCUCUCGUUUGGCACUGUUUCAUGUGUAUGCCUACCUCCAAAUAUGAUUGUCGUAUCCCAACGGAAGCACGGAAAAGCGGGAGAGCGCAUGCUAUCACACACCGGGAGCUCUCUUGGUCGAACGCGAAGAUAACUCGCUUCAGUCCAC